CAAAGACAUGAAAGGUGAGCCAAUUAUCAACAUUUGAAUGUCAUGAAACUUUAUAUAACUCUCCAAACUAUUGCAUAUGCCUUCACCAAACUUCAAGAAACUCAAACCCCCAUUCUUAAAAAGAUUGAAUUUCUCGGUUAAGUGUUUUGUGGUUGUUAGUGUUAGUCAACUAGUUAAGUUGUGUUUUGCAACAUCAAACUUGUGUUAGUGCAAUAUGGAUGUUGGCAUUUCUGAAUCUAGUAGUUCUUGCCCACAAUCUACCACCCAAGAACCAACUGAACUGCUCGUGCCGACCAAUCAUACAAAACGUCCUCAUAUUGUAUUCUUUCCCAGUGGAUUGGGGGUGGGGCAACUGAAACUGUUUUUCCGGCUAGCCGCCAUGCUUGCUUCACGGGGCUGUACACUCACAUUCAUCACCAUGCAGCCUCAGCUCAUCAGUGAUGACACCACCACCUUCUUCUCCAGCCACCCAGAGAUCAAGAAACUGGACUUUGAGAUUCUUCCUGUGAAAACCUCAAAAUCUACCAUCAAUUUUGACCCUUUCAUCCUCCAAAUCGAUGCCAUUUUGCGCUCUCUGCUGCAACUAGGACCUCUUCUAUCCACCUUAGAUGAACCAGUUUCUUCCCUGGUCUCUGAUUUUAUUCUAGCAGAUGGCCUCACACAGAUCCUACCUGAUCUCGGCAUCCAUCUCUACAUUCUCUCCACUACUUCAGCCCGGUUUUACUCCACCGUGGCAUAUCUUCCUGUCCUGCUCUCAAAAAACCCCGCUUUAUUCAAGAAUCUCCCCGCGGAUAUUGCUAUCCCAGGAUUAGCCCCUAUCCCAAAAUCUAGCAUCCCCAACUCAUGGAUGGAUAACUCACCAACAAAUUAUGUCUUAACAGCCUACUUACUACCAAAUGCCCAAUCCCUUUGUAAAGUCAGUGGUGUGUUCUUGAACACCUUUAACUGGUUUGAACCCGAAACCAUUUCAGCUCUUAACACCGGCAAAGUUCUAAGUUCUCUCCCACCCGUGUUUCCUCUCGGGCCGUUAGUAUCAACCGAGCAAGAGAAAUGCAGCCAGUGGCCAUGGUUAGACGACAAAGCUUCUGAGUCUGUUAUAUACGUGAACUUUGGAAGCAGAGAGCCAAUUUCAAGAAACCAAAUCAUGGAAAUAGGAAAAGGGCUGUUAAUCAGUGGGUAUAGCUUUUUGUGGAUCCUUAAAGAUGAGCAGAGAGGAUUGUUUGGUGAGUUAUUCAUGGAGGGGGUGAGAGAGAAAGGGAAAAUAGUUGAAGAAGGAAGGGUACAUCAAGAACAGAUUCUUGGACACCCUGCAGUUGCAGUGUUCAUGAACCAGUGUGAAUGGGAUUCUGUAAUGGAUGCGGCUCGGUUUGGAGUGCCCAUACUGGCAUGGCCACAGCAUGGUGAUCAGAAGAUGAAUGCUGAAGCUGUGGAGAAGGCAGGGUUGGGGGUGUGGGUUAAGGAAUGGGGUUGGGGUGAGGAAAGGUUAGUGAAUGGGGAAGAGAUUGCAGAGAAGGUUAGAAUGGUGAUGGAGAAUAGGAAUGUGAGGGUGGAAGCUAGGAAUGUGAGGGAAGAAGCUGAAAAGGCCAUUAAACAUUGUGGGAGUGGGAAAAAGUUGAUGGAGUUCAUUGUCUCUUCCACACAAAAAAUAGGAAGUGCAUCGUCAAACAUAUACACAGUGUUGUAAAAAUAGGCCUAGGCGGUCCUAGGUUGAGACGAUUUUAGCCCUAGACUAUUUUUAGUUGGCUGUCCGACUAACCGGCUGACUAGGUGCCGAGUCAGGCGCCUAACUCCGCCUAGCUGGCACCCAACUCGACUGAGUGGUAUUUUUUGCCUGCUCGAUUGCUCUUCUUCUAUAUUCCUCGAGUCAUGUACUCACAGCCCUGAAUGGAAAAAGUGUAGACGAUAUACUCGAAUUAACCGACCGCCUAGGCGCGCUAGGGUGCCAGACUAGCACCUAGUGCCUUCUGCAACAUUGCAUAUACAUAGAAAAGUAAACACGCAUGUCAAUUGGAUGAUGACAAAUACGAGACUCGUUUACUUCCUUGUGGUCCUUUGCCGGUUAUGGUUAGAAAGCGGGAUUUACCUAUUGCACACCCUUGAAUUUCCCUCGUGACUAAAAAAAAUGUUUUUUGCUUAUAGGCACAAUGUGGCCAAGAUUGGUGUAGAUUUCUGCAAUGUUCUUUUUUUUUUUUUCAUUGUACUUAACUAAGCAUAUAUUUUUUGCCUGAUAUA